CUCCGGGGGGAAGAUGGCGGCGUCCUCGCUGGAGCAGAAGCUGUCCCGCCUGGAGGCCAAGCUGAAGCAGGAGAACCGGGAGGCCCGGCGGAAGAUCGACCUGAACCUGGAGAUCAGCCCAGCCCGGGCCCGGCCCAUUAUUGUGAUCACUCUAAGCCCUGCUCCCGCUCCGUCCCAACGAGCAGCCCUGCAGCUCCCCCUGGCGAACGAUGGCAGCAGCCGCUCCUCUUCCUCAGAGAACUCUCCCCAGCAUCAAACGCACCAGCCGCGCCCCCGCCACAUGCUGGGCCUGCCCCAGCCAUCCUUCCCCAUCCCCAGGAGCAUGGAGAGUAUAGAGAUAGAUCAGAAGCUGCAGGAAAUCAUGAAGCAAACGGGUUACCUGACCAUAGGAGGGCAGCGGUACCAAGCAGAGAUCAAUGACCUGGAGAACUUAGGCGAGAUCGGCAGCGGGACAUGCGGUCAAGUGUGGAAGAUGCGGUUCAAGAAAACGGGACACAUCAUAGCCGUGAAGCAAAUGCGCCGCUCAGGUAACAAGGAGGAGAACAAGAGGAUCCUGAUGGACCUGGAUGUGGUGCUGAAAAGCCACGACUGCCCCUACAUUGUCCAGUGCUUCGGGACCUUCAUCACCAAUACAGACGUCUUCAUUGCCAUGGAGCUGAUGGGCACAUGUGCGGAGAAACUCAAGAAACGCAUCCAGGGGCCCAUCCCCGAGAGGAUCCUGGGGAAGAUGACGGUGGCAAUUGUCAAGGCACUCUACUACCUGAAGGAGAAGCAUGGCGUCAUCCACCGAGAUGUCAAACCCUCCAACAUUCUGCUAGACGAGAGGGGGCAGAUCAAGCUGUGUGACUUCGGGAUCAGCGGGAGGCUGGUGGACUCGAAGGCCAAGACCCGGAGUGCGGGUUGCGCAGCGUACAUGGCGCCUGAAAGGAUAGACCCUCCUGAUCCCACCAGACCAGACUACGAUAUCCGAGCGGAUGUGUGGAGCCUGGGCAUCUCGCUGGUCGAAUUGGCUACCGGUCAGUUUCCCUACAAGAACUGUAAAACGGACUUUGAGGUGCUCACCAAGGUCUUGCAGGAAGAUCCUCCCCUGCUCCCAAACAACAUGAGCUUCUCCGUGGACUUUCAGUCCUUCGUUAAAGACUGCCUUACUAAAGAUCACAGGAAGAGACCAAAGUACAACAAGCUACUUGAACACAACUUCAUCAAGCGUUACGAGACACUGGAAGUGGACGUGGCGUCUUGGUUCAAAGACGUCAUGGCCAAGACAGAGUCGCCCCGCACGAGCAGCAUCCUCAGCCAGCACCACCUGCCUUUCUUCACCAGAGUCCUUGUGUCUCGGGCACCAGCGAGCCGACGAAGACAAGUCCCUCUCUAUCUCUGUCCCAUGUCCCCUGGAUGGGAAGGCUCUUUCCAACUUGGCUCUGCAUCUCCAGCUGGGUGAGAGAAGGCCCUUUCCAGCCUGGUCCUGCAUCUCCAGCUGCUUGAGAGCCUGCAGCCUGCAUCCCAGCCAGAUGAGAGAAGGCUCUUUCCAGCCGGCCCUGCAUCUCCAGCUGGAUGAGAGAUGGCCCCUUCCAGAUGUGUCCUGUGUCUCAAGCGAGAUGAGAGAAGGCCUGUUCCAGUCCUGUCCCUGCAUCACUGGCUGGACGAGAGAAGGCUAUUUCCAGCCCUGGCUUGCGUCUCCAGCUGGAGAAGAGAGGGCUCUUCCCAGCCCUGUCCCUCUACCUCCUUAAGACAAGAAGGCUCUGCUGGGAACCUCAUACUUCCCUUGGUCCUGAGAGGCGGCACGUCACCUGUUUAUGCCUCUCUCUUCACCCCUCCUGGCCCCCGAGAGACUUGGGGAAUGGGGAAGGGAGGCUGGGACCCUCACUCAUGCACUGUGAACAAAGACACACACAUUUUUUUUACUACUUAUUUAUUAAGUUUGGACUCUGCAGGGCUGCGGGCUCCCUGCCAUGCCCGUCCGCCAGCCACCUGCAUUGUUGUUUUAUGUCUCUCUUACUUUUCUCUCGUGUUUUG